AUGGCGAGUUAUCCUGCUGGAAGUAGCCAUCGAAAGACCGGGGACACAGUGGCCAUAAGAAGACGGAAAAAAAUGAAAGCACUGACUUUAUUUCCAUGUGGUCCUCCAGGUGAGGGGCAGGGCCUGUGUAAUGGUCCAUCUGUGGUGGCGGAGCACGACCGAUGGACAGUUUAUAGCUCGAAGGUCAACCUCCCAGCUGCGCUGAAUGACCCUCGGCUCGCUAAAAGGGAAUCUGACUUCUUCACUAAAACAUGGGGGCUGGACUUCACCGAGACGGAGGUGAUGCCCUCAUUUUGCCUCCCCAACAUCACCAAGGAGCACUUUGGGCCCUACCUGCAAGAGAUGACUCAGAGGGAACGAAUCCAUGAACGUUGCAAGACGAUCUGCCCCAACAAAGACGAUGUCGACGCUGUCUCUAGUAUCACCACCAACCACGACAAAUCCAGAACGGAGCUGGAGCAAGUCCCGAAGAUUUUCAUGAAGCCCGACUUUGCUCUUGAGGACCCGGCUACCUUCAACAUGGUCCUUCCCUGGUCACACUUUAACAAUGCUGGGGGGAAGAGCAGCAGAGACGUGGCUUCUUCCAAACUGCUCCAGGAAAAGCUCAGCCACUACCUCGAUGUGGUGGAGGUGAGCAUUGCUCGACAGAUCUCGCUGCGUUCCGAAGCGUUUUUCCAUGCUAUGUCGUCGCAGCACGAGCUGCAGGACCAGCUGCAGGAGACGCAGCACGCCGUGGCCGUCCUUCGGGGCCGUACAGCUGCCAUGGACCAGGUCAUGUGCCAAGGACCUCUCCGGGCUCUCUGCACCGCCCUGAAUCGCAACAACUGCGUGAAGCUGCACAACAAGCUGAAGCUGAUGGCCGCAGUGCAUCAGACACAGCCCACUGUACAGCUGCUGCUCUCCACCUCUGAGUUUGUUGGAGCACUGGAACUUAUCGCCACCACGAAGGAGGUGCUCCAGCAAGAGCUGCAGGGAAUCCACAGCUUCAGACAUCUGGGCUCCCAGCUGUGCGAGCUAGAGAAGCUGAUCGAUAAGAUGAUGGUGGAGGACUUCAGUAUGUACGCUCACAGUGACCUGAACCGCAGCCUGAGAGAUGAGCCACAGGUUCUGGAGAAGGAGCGUCUGGAGUCGCUGGUGUUCGGCCUGCUGCGGCAGCGGAAGCUGGAUUUUCUGGAUAUUUACAGCGAUGAGAUGAUCGUAGCGGCCAAGGCAAUCGUCUCUCAGUGUGUGGCAGAUAGUGUUGUGCAGAUAGAAGAAAUUGAUGCUGAAGUCGUUGUUAAGCCGACAGCCCAGGAUCAGAGCUCUGCAGCAGGGUUCAGGAGCCAGCAGGGCCGGGGGGAGACUGCCAGCAGUGACUCUGGGGCCACAGAAAUGUCUGCCAGUAGAGAGCAGAGCUUCAUGCCUGGUGAGAACAUGAUGCCCACCGACUUUGAGCUGAACCUUGUGAUAAACAACCUCCAGGACCUCAUGUACACGGCUUCCGACAUCAGCCAUGACCGCUGCGUCAAAGUGCUCACAGCCCGAGCCAAGGAUGGAUCUCUGGAGCGUCUGACCUCAGCGGAGUUCGUUUGUCUCUCACAGGCAGUGGAGGGAUUUGUCAGGGACACAGAGGAGCUCUGUGGCAGGCGAAGCGUUUCCCUGAGGGGCGCGUUGCAGAGCCAGGCCAACCGCUUCGUCCACCGCUUCCACGAAGAACGCAAGACCAAACUCAGCAGCAGUCUCCCCCUCCUCCAGUUUGAACAGAAACAUGCUUGGUUCCACAGCUGCAUACAGUGCAACAGAGAAACAUCACAGCACAAGAAGAACAGCUUUAUCAUUUGUAACAUUCGUUUUCCCAUUCCAGGUCCCGAUGACAGGAAACCCACAGAGUUUCUGCUUGUCAACGGGCAGAAAUAUGCAGUUGUUGGGACGGUUCUGCUGCUGAUCCGGAUCUUUUUAGAAUACUGCCAGUGUGUCAAUGACAUCCCAUCCAUCUCUACAGACAUGCUGACGCGUCUGGCAGACCUCCUCAAGCACUUCAACUCUCGGAGCUGCCAGCUGGUUCUGGGAGCCGGAGCUUUGCAGAUCGUCGGCCUCAAGACCAUCACCACCAAAAACCUCGCAUUAGCUUCCCGCUGUCUGCAGCUGGUGGUUCACUACAUUCCCAUCAUCAGAGCUCAUUUUGAGACCAAACUGCAGCCCAAACAAUUCAGUGUUCUCAGACACUUUGAUCACAUCACCAAGGACUACAACAAUCACAUAGCAGAGAUCUCUGCUAAGCUGGUGGCCAUCAUGGACAGUCUGUUUGAGAAGGUUCUGUCAAAGUAUGAAGUGAAGGCUCCGAUGCCCUCAGCCUGCUUCAGAAACAUCUGUAAGCAGAUGGCAAAGAUGCACGAAGCCAUUUAUGAACUUUUACCUGAAGAACAGACACAGAUGCUGUUUCUGAGGAUCAAUGCCAGUUUCAAAAUGCAUCUGAAGAGGCAGCUGGCUCGGCUUGGAGUUAUUAAUGAUGGAGGACCGCAGCAUGGGCUGGUGGUGGUAGACGUGGCGUUCUACACCGAGAACAUCCAGGGGCUGAAGAGCCUCGAGAGGCUCGACCUGAACAUGGUUGAGGUCUGGGAGCAGAAGAGGUGAUGGAGGAUGGAAUCCGGAUCUCCAGAACUGACCUUACCUCAGCAGUUAUGGGAGCCUGACCCCCGGGGGCCGAUGGUGGGCCGGCUGAGGCUGGAAGAGGCCCAAAGGGACCAAAAAUGCAAGUAUGGGAGAAGAGCAGCAGCAUACCGGUGCUUCAGAGACUGUUCAGAAACGCACAGCGCCUGGUGAAAAACUGUUGCCACCUCAUCGCAGUGUGUGCAAUUCAAUAGAAAAUAAAGAAGUAAAUUAUUACUGUUUUA